CUUUAAGAAACAAUGGAUAAAAAAUGGAUGUUUGCGGACCGAUUUUCAGAGGAAUAUGAAAAUGGAGUAGAAGAGUUUGUUAAAUUUGCUGUGAAACAUGCCACUGACCGCGAUCGAAUCAUUUGUCCUUGCUUAAAUUGUUGUUAUGGAGGAAGGGGUAAUGGGGUUGUGUUGCGAAAUCAUUUACUGGCGAACGGAAUUGAUCGAAGCUACACAUGUUGGACAAGAAUUUGUCAAAGCAUACAUGGUUAAGGAAUUCUUGAAAUAUAAAGAUGAGCACAAGUUAUUUAUUCUACCAUUUUAUAUACAUAAGCCUAUUGGACAUUGGGUGUUAUUUGUCAUUAAUCCCAUAUCGGAAAUCAUAUAUUAUAUGGAUCCAUUACUCAAUGACUAUAUGAAUUACCCAAAAAUGAAGAGUAUGUUUGACACAGUUCUAAAGGUAUUUCGCGCUGCAAGGAACGCUCAAGUAUCAAAGAAUAAAUUUAACAACAUAUCAUGGGUCCGAGUACAGUGUCCUCGCCAAGAAAAUGGUAUAGAUUGCGGGUACUUUGUGAUGAGGUUUAUGAAAGAGAUUCUCAUUUCGAAACUAAAUGAGAUUCCAAAGCUGUACAUUGAGGGUUUCAAGUGUGCGACAUACUCAAAUGAUAAACUAAGAGAAAUCCAAGAAGAAUGGUGUCAGUUCAUGAUGAGCCUUUUGUUUAUAUGAUA